AUGCAAGCAGCUCUUGACAUUGUUGUCCCUUAUGUACAAACUCGCCAACAAUUUGGUAAACCGAUUGCGCAAUUUCAACUAAUUCAAGCGAAGUUAGCGGACAUUUAUACUAAACUCAAUGCGUCUAGAUCAUAUGUCUACUCCGUUGCCAGAGCUUGUGAUCGAGGCCAUACUUCAAAUAAAGAUUGCGCAGCGGUGAUAUUGUAUUCAGCCGAGCGAGCCACUGAAGUUGCAUUAGAUGCAAUCCAAUGUCUUGGGGGGAACGGUUACAUAAAUGAUUUUGAUACAGGGCGCAUUCUUCGUGAUGCUAAAUUAUACGAAAUUGGUGCAGGAACAAGCGAAAUUCGACGGUUGUUAAUUGGAAG